AUGCUCGUUUCCUUGACCGUCGGCAAGGUCGACGCCGGCGUCACGGUACUCCUGACGCCGGACAAGCGCCUAAUCGAAUUCCCUUCCAUCCUUCUCCCUCCCAACAUCUCCUCCGGUAGUAUCGUCGACAUCACCGUCGCCCGCAACCUGGGUUCAGAGGCCAAGACCGAACAUGCCUUCCGCGAGCUCCAGGACCGCAUCUACUCCGCCUUCGGGGCCAGCGCGCCCACGACUCCUAUCCUCCGCUGCCGCAACGCGACGCAGACCUCCGUCGUCCUUGAGUGGGACCCGAUCGAGCUCGCGACCGCCGACCUCAUCUCCCUUUCGCUGUACCGCAACGGCCAAAAGGCCGGCAGCAUCCCCCGCCCGCUGCAGAUGCACAGCACGAAGAUCAGCGGCCUCGCCGUCGACACCGACUACACCUUCCACCUCAUUCUACGCACCACGGCCGGCACCUUCAGCUCCGACAAGGUUGUCGUGCGUACCCACAAGAUGACGGAUCUCAGCGGUAUCACCAUCACCACGGGCAUCAUGCCCGCCGCCACGAAGGAGGCGCUGGCCGCCGCCGUCGACCGCAUUGGCGCCAAGAUCGUCGACAGCGUCCGCAUCGACACGACGCACUUUGUCACCACCGAGGGCCGCGGCCUGGCGUGGGAGAAGGCCGUCGAGACAAACAUCCCCGUUGUGCGGCCCGAGUGGGUUGAGGCGUGCGAGAAGAACGGCCGCAUCCUCGGCGUGACCAAGUUCUACCUCGACGCUCUCAGACCCGGCCCCUCGAGCGACGAGCUGCAGCAGGCGCCGACUCCGCCCCAGCAGCAGCAGACCCCCCAGAUGCAGAAGGAGCUGCCAACGCCCCCGGCUGGCAACCCGCCGGAGAACAACUACGAGGUGGCCGCCACGUCUCCCAAAGGCGAGAAGCCCCCGUCCAAGGCAGAGGACGACGAGUCUUCCGGCGACGAGGAGAAGGAGGCAGAGCAGAAGAGGAUCGCAGACCAGGAGGAGCAGAAGGUGCGGCUGGAGGACAAGGACGAGCAGAACCUCGCUCAUCGGCCAAAGGCUGACUCGGAUUCGGGCAGCGAGGACGGUAAAGGGGAAGGGGACAAUCCGAGCAAGGGGGAGAAGACUUCCCCUGACGGAGCGUCCUUUCAGGAUAACCGUCCUCGUCCUUCGACACCGACCUCCUCGGUCAACACCUUGCACAUCCUCUCCACGGCAAACUCGGGCUCGAACAGCUUCUCCUUGGGCACCGUGUCCCAGAACGCCUCGGAGAGCCCCGUCCUGACGGUCCCCGGGUGGUACGCCACGGCGAUGGCCUUGUCGCCGCUGCGCGCCCGGAGCCACAGGUCCAACGACUUGGCGAGGGACGUGACGCCCGCCUUGGAGGCGCGGUAG